AUGUCGGCCAGCUCUUCACGCACUACUCGUCUUGGUGAUUGGAAACAAACCCCAACACCUCACAGUUGGGAAGACACGAUAGUGGCAGAAAUUCGACAUCUUCAACCUCCUUCCCACAGGAACAUCGAGGAAGCUAUCGCCGACAUUACCUCGAGGCCCGGCGCGGGGAAGAACUGGGAAGAAACUGUCGUCGCUGAAAUACGGCAAAUCCAACGAGGAAGAUUCGAGUCCUCCAACAGGAUCGCCGAUGUUUCCACUUCUGAUUUACCACCCAAGGAACCGAGGGCUUUGGAUGAGGACUUCAAGAGGAUGGUAAUCUCAGAGCUACAACCGAUCAGACAGAAAUUGGACCAGGUUGUCGACGAAGUCGAAAAGCUCAGUCAGGAAUAUCAUAGGGGUCAUUAA